CAGCACCGACGCCAGGCCUACGAGACCGCGAGCAGACUUUGAAGAAUGUAUUUCGGGGACGUUUUUGCUACUCGCCCACCGUUUCGCGAGCAGCGGGUUCGCCUCCUCUUUCGCAGCUUGGCGUCGUGAUAUUUGCGUGCUGCGCUACGGAGGUUGCAGCCUCUGUCAGCCCAAUCGCGAAAGCGCGCUCUCCGGUGCACAUUGUAUUCCUCCGCCUGGGGAUUCCUCAAUUUCCUAACUAGAUCAGUGUAGAAGCACCUCAAAAUAUUGACAGAAAGACGGCAGUGCGCUUCCUGCAACCCCAAUAGCUAUGUAUCUUCUCUUGACGCAUUGCGACUGUUAAAAUUGGACAUUAAGAGUGAGGGGCUACGUUUUGCAGCGUACGAGGAAGAGAAACUUGUCUCGGCUUUAGGGUACACUGCACUGCACAAAACUGCCGUUGUAGACAGGGCUACACUUUGCCCGAGUCUUCGAAGCAGACGACGAAACCCGGGUCGAAGCAUCACGGCGUCUGCUCUUGUGGAGCACGUGAUGCAACGGGGCAGCAGAAUAGGAUAGACAAGAAAAAAAGAAAGUUUACGCGACGAGUGGUGCGGCUGGGCCAAAAAACCAUGGGGACCAUGCUUGCGGUGCUGUGCACGUUGGCCGGACUCGUCGAGAUCGCCCACUGCAAGCAGAGACCGCGCUCAGCCGGGGAUUCGUGCUGGGCCGCCACCGACUCGCACCUCGCCAAGAAACGGGUAAGGAUGAUGUCCUUGCCGCGCCGACUGCUUAAGAUACCGGUGCAAGUGGUCCGCCAGCUGAACGAGGCUCAGGACCUGCACGACGUGCUCCGCAUUUGUUCGGGUGGCACGAGCGCCUCAUGGCGGCGCAUCGGCACCUACGGCUACCUUCUGUGGCAGAUACGCUCGUACGAAGGGAGCACUAUGAGGCAGCACCUGCAGGCGACCGGUCAAACCACCUAUGAACGCAGAAAACUGCUAGACGCCCCAAGAAGCAACCGGGCGGACACCAUCGACGACGAGAUGAUGCAAGGCGACGCACCGGCUGAACAGCGAAAGCGGACCCUGCGGCUGGACAAGCGAGCCGCGUGCAGCCCACGGCCGGUGCCCGUGCGGGUGCCGCAGCCGCGGGACACGGACGCGCUCUUCUACCCGACCUGCGCCGACGUGGAGCGCUGCGCCGGAUGCUGCGGACACCACUUGCUGCGCUGCAGGGCCAGUGCGUUCCGAAACGUCACUAGACAGGUGUUCGCCCUGCGGCUGGCCUCGAACAAGUCCAACGCCAUCAACUUCGAGGGCUUCAAGAACGUGCGCCUCGUCGAGCACGCCCAGUGCCGCUGCGAGUGCAAGGUGCGUCCCCACCACUGCAGCCGGGGCCAGACUUACCGGGAGGACCAGUGCCAAUGCGUGUGCACCAAUGCCUGGAUGGCGAACCAUUGCAGCGGUGCACACAUCUGGGACGCGAGGCGCUGCGCCUGUGUCUGCCGACGCGCAGACACUGAAUGCUCGACGGGCAUGCGCUUCGACCGAGCGCUAUGCAGAUGUGUAAAAGAUCUCUACAACGUGGCAGUGAUGACCUGAAUGACUUCAGACCACGCCUUUCUGGUGCUUAUCAAGAUGAACACUGCCUUUGUCACUGCUCCACAAAUGUGCGUUUGCACACGGUAUUUCACAUUCAUAACCUCACGCAUUGGUCAACACCAUCCUUUUUUUUUCCUGC